AGAGACCAUGGAUAAGACGGAGAUGCCCUGCCAGGCCUUAGUCCGGAUGUUGGCCAAGAAACCGGGCUGGAAGGAGACCAACUUUCAGGUGAUGCAGAUGAAGCUGCAUAUCGUGGCUCUCGUAGCUCAGAGGGGACAGUUUUCAAAGACGUCAGCCUCUGUGGUUUUGGACGGCUUGGUGGAUAAGGUCGGAGACGUUAAAUGUGGUGGAAACGCCAAAGAGGGAUUGACCGCUAUUGCAGAGGCGUGCUCACUGCCGUGGACUGCUGAACAGGUUGUGUCUAUGGCCUUUGCACAGAAGAACCCCAAAAACCAGGCAGAGACUCUCAACUGGCUGUCUAAUGCCAUGAAGGAGUUUGGCUUUGCUGGUAUCAAUGUCAAAGGUUUCAUCAACAACGUGAAGACGGCUCUGGGAGCGACUAACCCUGCUGUCCGGACAGCUGCCAUCACCCUGCUGGGAGUCAUGUAUCUCUACAUGGGAGCUCCUCUUCGCAUGUUCUUUGAAGACGAGAAGCCGGCUCUCCUCGCACAGAUCGAUGCUGAGUUUGAGAAG